AUGCCAGGCCAUCGCAGCAAGCGCAACUACCAGCAGAUGAUGAUGAUGCCACACAUGAUGCACCCCAUGCAGACCAUGCAGGGCAUGCCGGGCAUGCCGGGCAUGCAUCCCAUGAUGGUUCCAGGCAUGCAGCAGCCAAUGCAACAGCCAGGACAGGAGUCAUCGUCAGAGGAUGAGGCUCAAGGCCGUGCCCCUGUCCAGGAUCAGCCUCGGGCAUCGUCAGCGUCACAGUCCAAUGUCCUGGUCAAUCUUCCGCCGCCACCGCGACCGCAGCCAAGUGAUUCAGCAGAGGCCAGGGACCAGAUGGAGAUCACAAAGUCAGCAACGUUCCUGAGACAGCUGCCUCGCCUGCGGCUGGCGGAGAACUUGGAGGCGAUCAAUGCCCUGCUGGAAAGCACACUUUUGUGUGAGCUGUCAACUAUCGGCUUGCUGAAGCUCCUGUGGGUCUUGACAAGGAUCAAGCCCAGCACAAAGAUCCGAGACUUGCGUGUCAUGGCAUGA